AUGCCAAUUUUACUUGGUGAUUGUUCAGCGGGUUUACUUGUGGUGAGCUUCUUCAUUGCUGUUCUGACCUAUGUCACCUACCAACUGCUUAGUAGGCACCUGCUCCAGUGGUAUAAGAUAAAGCCUAUACCGGACAUUGGAGGAACGUUCCCCGUGAUUGGAAAUGCGCUUCAGUUCAAAACGAAUGCUGGAGAUUUCUUCUGUCAAAUUAUUGAGUUUACAACUGAGUUCUGGAGUGCGCCGCUGCUUAAACUCUGGGUUGGACCGAUGCCAUUUCUCAUCCUGUUCCAUGCUGAAACUGUUGAGACAGUCCUGAACAACCCAGUUCAUAUAGACAAGUCCUAUGCAUAUAAGUUCCUCCACCCCUGGCUUGGCACUGGCCUGCUCACAAGCACCGGACACAAGUGGCGCCAGCGGAGGAAGAUGCUGACUCCCACCUUCCACUUCUCCAUCUUGACGGAUUUUCUCGACGUUAUGAAUGAGCAGGCAGAGGUCCUGGUGGAGAAGCUGGAGAAGGAAGUCGGAAAGGGCCCCUUCAACUGCUUCAAUUACAUCACCCUUUGUGCCUUGGACAUCAUAUGUGAGACAGCGAUGGGGAAAAAAAUUUAUGCCCAGAGUAAUCACGAAUCCAAGUAUGUUCAGAGUGUGUACAAGAUGAGUGACAUUAUCAGCCGCAGACAGAGGAUGCCUUGGUUUUGGCCAGACUUUAUGUACAACUACUUUGGCGAGGGCCGUGAGCAUAACAAGGGGAUCAAGUUCCUUCAUUCCUUCACCUCCAGUGUGAUAUAUGAAAGAGCAGAAUCCAUUUCCUCUACUGAAUCGGGCAGCGACUCUGACCAGGGCGUCAGGAAGAGACGGGCCUUCUUGGACAUGCUCUUGAAGACAACAGAUGAGGACGGCAACAAGAUGAGCCACCAAGACAUCCAGGAGGAGGUGGACACCUUCAUGUUUAGGGGCCAUGACACCACAGCGGCCGCCAUGAACUGGUCCAUUCAUUUGCUGGGUUCCCAUCCUGAGGUUCAGAGGAAAGUUCAACAAGAGCUUCAGGAAGUUUUCGGUGAGUCCGAACGCCCCAUUAACAUGGAGGACCUGAAGAAGCUCAGGUACCUGGAGUGUGUGAUCAAGGAGUCUCUACGAAUGUUUCCUUCUGUUCCCUUUUUUGCCCGCAGCCUCUGUGAAGACUGUGAGAUUAAUGGUUUCAAGGUGCCCAAAGGUGUCAACGCCAUCAUUAUACCCUACGCACUCCACCGUGACCCACGCUACUUCCCUGACCCUGAGGUGUUCCGACCCGAGCGCUUUCUGCCUGAAAACUCAGUGGGCAGGCAUCCAUAUGCAUACAUACCCUUCUCUGCUGGACUCCGCAACUGUAUAGGUCAGCGUUUUGCAAUAAUGGAAGAAAAGGUGGUUUUGGCCUCCAUUCUGCGUUACUUCAAUAUCGAGGCUUGUCAGAAGCGUGAGGACAUUCGGCCACUUGGGGAGCUCAUCCUAAGACCGGAGAAGGGCAUUUGGAUCAAACUGGAGAGGAGGGGGACCAUGCCAACAGCACACUAGACCCAGCAUCUAUUUCGGACUUUCCAAAGUCUUUCAUCAUCCAUUCCAUGUCUGUUUAAUCAAACUUUUUCUUUGUCUGGCAGAGGAAAAAUCUAGUUGGGAAAGAGCAAAUGGUAUAAUCCCAUUCACCUAAUUGAUGAUAAUAUAAGCAAUAGAUUUCAGUGUUUUUACAUUUCACCAGGAGAAAACAUGUAGGCUAGCUGAAAUGGUUGGCAAUGAGAUUUUUGAGUGGUUGAUGGGAGUUGCUUAGUGGUUGCUAGGCUUUAAAUAGUGGUUUCUGGGUGGUUGCUAGGCUUUAAAUAGUGGUUUCUGGGUGGUUGUUAGGCUUUAAAUAGUGGUUUCUGGGUGGUUGCUAGGCUUUAAAUAGUGGUUUCUGGGUGGUUGCUAGGCUUUAAAUAGUGGUUUCUGGGUGGUUGCUAGGCUUUAAAUAUUGGUUUCUGGGUGGUUGCUAGGCUUUAAAUAUUGGUUUCUGGGUGGUUGCUAGGCUUUAAAUAGUGGUUUCUGGGUGGUUGCUAGGACAUUGUUUGGUGGUUUUAGGUGCACAGCAAUCAAAGAAGAUCCCAUAAUAGCCAGGAUAUAGCUCAUGGGAUGCUGUCAGAAGCCAUUCAUAAUCAUCAGAUGAUGCAUAUAACAAUCCCCUUGCAAGACUUAACAUACGUUGUGCAAUUCAUUCUUAUAAAA